AUGCAAGAUAUGGCACCUCUCCCACCAGACAGAUGCCGAGAAGCCUUUCCGUUUGAAAACUCCGGGAUAGAUUACGCGGGUCCACUGUACGUCAAAAGUGGAAGAGAAUUAUCUAAGACAUACGUUUUACUGUUUACCUGUGCUAUAACUAGAACCGUGAAUUUAGAACUUACAGCUGACCUUUCCACAGAAAACGUUUUGCUUGCAUUUAGACGGUUCAUAGCGAGAAGAGGUUUGUGCCGAAUAGUGUAUAACGCCAAAACCUUUAAAAGAGCGAAAAAAGAAUUAGAGCUACUGAACGAGGUGAUGAAAAGCAAUGAAGUUCAAGACGAGUUCUCUAAGCAAGGAGUCAAAUGGAAACUUAUAGUUGAGAGGGCGGCAUGGUGGGGAGGCUUUUGGGAGCAUAUGGUUUAG